UUAUAAAGUUUAAAAACGCGUUUAAAAAAAUUUGUCAAAUUUGCUUAAAAUCAAAAUUUACAGUUAUGAGCACUUUCAACGAAUGGAAUCUUGAAGCCAUCCAAUAUUAUAAGGAUGUAAAAUCUGUUAAGAAACAAUUGCGUAAAGAAAAUAAGAACUACUUAUACCAUAAUCCUGAGAUUCGUGCCAUCUUGAGAGUUGCCAUUGCAGAAUUGAUGAAACAUAAACCAGAAAAUCCUGGAGCGCAUUUGGCUUCAGUUUUUAGUUGCAAAAAUAUGCCCCUAAUAUUGUUUAAGCUAAAUCAACAAAUAAAGGAGGUCAAUACAAUUCUGAAAAGGAAGGAACAAAGUUUUGGGAUUAAAGCCGUUCUAAAGGAGAGGGAAUCUACCCAUUCGAUGUUAUCAACGGCUUCUGAGUAUUCUGAAGUUGUUGGAGGUCUUUUGGACUUUGCUCUUAUUUUCAAUAAUUAUAAUAAGAAAGCUGCAGCAAAAUGCAAAUAUCUUAAGCAAAUGAGGCAAAAAAAAUAAAUAUAUUUAAAAAAAAAACUA